AGUCCCGCCCCCUGGGGCGGCCGAGGGCGGGGGUGAGGCCUCCGCGGGCGCCGCUGGCAUCCCAGCGUUCUCUGCGGGCGCAGCGGGGCCGCUCUUGCCCGGCGUGGCGACUCGCUAGCGUCAGCAGCGCCGCAGCCGGACGAGAAGGCGGAAGAUGGCGGCGGCGGCCAGGAGGCCGUGAGGAGCGCGGCGGCUGCGAGGGCGGCCGAUGGCGGCCGGGAGGCGCCCUCGGACACCUGCGGGCCGUUAGGGCGCGACGCUGGGAGGCAUGUCGGAGCACGCGGCGCCCGCAGCUCCGGGGCCUGGGCCCAAUGGCGGCGGCGGCGGCCCGGCCCCCGCGCGCGGGCCUCGCACCCCCAACCUCAACCCCAACCCCCUCAUCAACGUGCGCGACCGGCUCUUCCACGCGCUAUUCUUCAAGAUGGCUGUCACCUAUUCGCGGCUGUUCCCGCCCGCCUUCCGCCGUCUCUUCGAGUUCUUCGUGUUGCUCAAGGCCUUGUUUGUGCUCUUCGUCCUGGCCUACAUCCACAUCGUCUUCUCUCGCUCGCCCAUCAACUGCCUGGAGCAUGUGCGUGACAAGUGGCCGCGUGAAGGCAUCCUGCGUGUGGAGGUGCGGCACAACUCGAGCCGCGCGCCCGUCUUCCUGCAGUUCUGUGGCAGCGGCGGCCGCGGGAGCUUCCCAGGCCUGGCGGUGGAGCCAGGCGGCGACCUGGACGUGGAGGAGGAGGAGGAGGAGGAGGAGGAGCUGACCAUGGAGAUGUUUGGGAAUAACUCCAUCAAGUUUGAGCUGGACAUCGAGCCCAAGGUGUUCAAGCCGCCGAGUAGCCCAGAGGCCCUGAAUGACAGCCAGGAGUUCCCCUUCCCCGAGACGCCCACCAAAGUGUGGCCGCAGGACGAGUACAUCGUGGAGUACUCACUAGAGUAUGGCUUCCUGCGCCUGUCGCAGGCCACCCGCCAGCGCCUGAGCAUCCCCGUCAUGGUGGUCACCCUGGACCCCACGCGGGACCAGUGCUUUGGGGACCGCUUCAGCCGCCUGCUGCUGGAUGAGUUCCUGGGCUACGAUGACAUCCUCAUGUCCAGCGUGAAGGGCCUGGCGGAGAACGAGGAGAACAAGGGCUUCCUGCGGAAUGUGGUGUCGGGCGAGCACUACCGCUUUGUGAGCAUGUGGAUGGCGCGGACGUCCUACCUGGCUGCCUUCGUCAUCAUGGUCAUCUUCACGCUGAGCGUGUCCAUGCUGCUGCGGUACUCGCACCACCAGAUCUUCGUCUUCAUCGUGGACCUGCUGCAGAUGCUGGAGAUGAACAUGGCCAUCGCCUUCCCCGCAGCGCCCCUGCUGACCGUCAUCCUGGCCCUCGUCGGGAUGGAGGCCAUCAUGUCGGAGUUCUUCAACGACACCACCACGGCCUUCUACAUCAUCCUCAUCGUGUGGCUCGCGGACCAGUACGACGCCAUCUGCUGCCACACCAGCACCAGCAAGCGGCACUGGCUGCGGUUCUUCUAUCUCUACCACUUCGCCUUCUAUGCCUACCACUACCGCUUCAAUGGGCAGUAUAGCAGCCUGGCCCUGGUCACCUCCUGGCUCUUCAUCCAGCAUUCCAUGAUCUACUUCUUCCACCACUACGAGCUGCCCGCCAUCCUGCAGCAGGUCCGCAUCCAGGAGAUGCUGCUUCAGGCGCCGCCACUGGGCCCCGGGACCCCCACGGCGCUGCCUGAUGACAUGAACAACAACUCGGGCGCCCCGGCUACCGCCCCUGAUUCUGCCGGCCAGCCCCCUGCCCUGGGCCCCGUCUCGCCCGGGGCCGGCGGGAGUCCCGGGCCUGUGGCAGCGGCGCCCAGCUCCCUGGUGGCCGCGGCAGCCUCGGUGGCGGCAGCUGCUGGUGGUGACCUGGGUUGGAUGGCAGAGACCGCUGCCAUCAUCACAGACGCCUCCUUCCUGUCCGGCCUGAGCGCCUCCCUCCUGGAGCGGCGUCCAGCCAGCCCGCUGGGCCCAGCUGGGGGCCUCCCCCACACCCCCCAGGACAGUGUACCCCCGAGUGAUUCCGCAGCUUCUGACACAACUCCCCUGGAGGCUGCGGUAGGCGGGCCUAGCCCGGCCUCCAUGGCCCCAACGGAGGCGCCCUCGGAGGCGGGGUCCUGAGCCGCAACAGCUGAGCCGCCUCUGACCCCUGCUGGCUGGGCCUGACCUUCCCGAGCCCGCGGGAGUGGGGGAGGCCAGCCACCUCCUUCCUCUGGGACUGCUCAGCUUGUGUCAGGGCUUUCAGGGUUUCGUGGGGUUUGCCCGGAAGGCGGCUUUCCUCCCCCUGGUGUGAGGUCGCGCCCGAGGCCUGUACCCACUAGUGAGCUGUUUGAGCCGGUCAGCAAGGAGAGGGGGUGGGGUCCCCCGGAAGGUUCUGGAGGGGGCUUGGUGAAAGGUCUGCAGUGAACCGUCCUGAGGGUGGAGUGGGGUCCCAUGGCGCAGGUCUCUGAGCAGGCGGAGGUGUGGAGGAGAGGCCGGAAUGGGGUGGGGCCUCGGGCCCUAGUGCCGGCCGGCCUCAGCCCGGCUCUGCCUGGUGCUCCCUGCAGUGCCUUCUCUAUGGCCCGGCCCUCCCCGCGUGUGCGCCAGGCCUGGGGUCCCCGGGAGAGCAGAGCUUGCGCCUUGGGCAUAGGGGCGUGGGGUACAGGCGCCAACAUAAGUGGCAGCAGCCAGGGCCGUGGUCCAGUCCCACUCGGGGAUGGAGUGGGCCGGCGAGCAAACCAGUCACUCGGGGAGGAAUGCGGAGGAGCGCUCAUUCCAUUCUAUUUAAUUGCAGUGUACAAAAUUGUGUUUGUAUAUAGAAUAAACUGUCUGUUGACAGCGGC